AGAGAGGGUGUAGAUGAUAUAUUUUUCAUCGAUUUCCCAGUCUUCUCUUCUGCUUUUUCUCUUGCUCCCUCUGUUGGAACCAAACAAAACCAAACCCUAACCUUCUCCGCUUGUUUCCCCAGAAAAUCGCUUCGUUUCUAUGGAUUCUCCCAGAAAUUUGCUCCUUCUGUUUGUUCUUCUUGUCUGCACUCUUACUGUGGCCUUCGCCGGAGACAUAGUUCACCAGGAUGACAUCGCUCCGAAGAAGCCUGGCUGCGAGAACAACUUCGUUCUGGUAAAAGUACCAACUUGGGUUGAUCAUGAAGAAGGGAAUGAAUAUGUUGGUGUUGGUGCUCGAUUCGGUCCUACCUUGGAAUCAAAAGAGAAACAUGCUAACCAAACAACACUCACUCUUGCAGAUCCUCCUGAUUGUUGCAGUACACCCAAAAACAAGCUAACAGGUGAAGUCAUCUUGGUAUACCGAGGUAACUGCAGUUUCACAAACAAGGCAAAGGUUGCAGAAAAUGCUGGUGCUUCUGCAGUUCUCAUUGUAAACAACCAGACAGAACUUUUCAAAAUGGUUUGUGAAGCUAAUGAAACUGCCAUAAAUAUAAGCAUUCCGGUUGUCAUGCUUCCACAAGAUGCUGGUGCCAGCUUGGAAAAAAGUUUAAAGAACAACUCUUCAGUUGCUGUUCAGCUAUACUCUCCAAAGCGUCCACUUGUUGACAUAGCUGAGGUGUUUUUGUGGCUCAUGGCCGUUGGUACCAUUUUAUCUGCAUCUUACUGGUCUGCAUGGAGUGCCAGAGAAGCAGCUAAUGAGCAGGACAAGCUAUUAAAGGAUGCUUCAGAUGAGUUUCUAAGUACAGAGGGCACUGGUUCUAGUGGUAUGGUGGAUAUCAACACGACAUCAGCAGUUCUUUUUGUUGUGAUCGCUUCAUGUUUCUUGGUUAUGCUUUAUAAACUUAUGUCGUUCUGGUUUGUUGAGGUUCUGGUGGUUCUGUUUUGCAUUGGUGGGGUAGAGGGCCUUCAGACUUGCUUGGUGGCUUUGUUAUCUUGUUUCAGAUCGUUUGAACAAGCUGCAGAAUCAUUUGUUAAGGUGCCAUUCUUUGGAGCCGUCUCAUAUCUGACUUUGGCUGUGUCUCCAUUCUGCAUAGCAUUUGCUGUUGUUUGGGCAGUUUUUCGCCGCAUCAACUUUGCUUGGAUUGGACAAGAUAUCCUUGGUAUUGCACUCAUCAUCACAGUUCUUCAGAUCGUUCGUGUUCCUAAUCUCAAGGUUGGAACUGUUCUUCUCAGUUGUGCAUUCUUGUACGACAUCUUUUGGGUUUUUGUUUCUAAAUGGUGGUUCAAUGAGAGUGUGAUGAUUGUGGUAGCUCGUGGUGAUAGGAGUGGGGAGGAUGGUAUUCCGAUGCUACUGAAGAUCCCGCGAAUGUUUGAUCCUUGGGGUGGCUACAGCAUCAUUGGAUUUGGUGAUAUUAUCUUACCGGGACUGCUUGUGGCAUUCUCACUAAGGUAUGAUUGGUUGGCAAAGAAGAGUCUCCGAGCAGGAUACUUCGUGUGGGCCAUGACUGCUUAUGGUCUAGGACUCCUCAUCACAUAUGUGGCCUUGAACUUGAUGGAUGGGCAUGGCCAACCAGCUCUACUCUACAUUGUUCCAUUCACACUCGGCACCUUUCUAGCAUUGGGAAAGAAGAGAGGCGAUCUCAAGACUCUAUGGACAAAAGGAGAACCCGAGAGGCCAUGCCCGCACAUCCAACCUUCUCAAUAGAGUACCUACCUCACCCACUCUCUACUGUAACAGUAGCUAAAUUAGUUGUUAGUAAAAAAACCCCGUUGUAGGAAAACUACUUGUACAAGUUCUCUAGGAGAUGUAAUAUCGGUGCAGAGCUCCUUAUUGUGACUAUACACCCUUCUAAAAACAGCCCCACUUGUUGGAUAUCAAACUCAACACAGGGUGUCCAUCUGAAAAAAUCAAUAAAAAGAGUAAACCGUUCAUAGGUUUCCCUACCAGCAA